AUGGCGGCGGCGGUGGGGCGGGACACUCUACCUGAGCACUGGUCCUACGGCGUCUGCAAGGACGGGCGAGUCUUCUUCAUCGACGACCUGACCCGCACCACCACUUGGCUGCAUCCUCGCACCGGGGAGCCCGUCAACUCCGGCCAUAUGAUCCGCUCAGACCUGCCCCGCGGAUGGGAGGAGGGGUUCUCGGAGGAGGGCGCCAGCUACUUCAUCGACCAUAAUCAGCAGACCACGUCAUUUAGACAUCCUGUGACAGGACAGGUUUCUCCAGAAAAUAUUGAAUUUAUUUUGCAAGAAGAACAGAAUUCAUCUAUGUCCAAGCAACAAAUAAACCAAAGACCUUCAAGCAUGGUCAGUGAAACGUCCACUGCAGUAACUACAUCUGCUGUUGAUACAAAACCUGGCUCUAAGGUUGUGAAGGCUGGAAACAAAGUUCAUAGCUUUGGAAAGAGGGAACAAGCUAUCAGGAGGAAUCCCAAUGUUCCUGUUAUAGUAAGAGGCUGGCUACACAAACAGGAUAGCUCUGGAAUGCGAUUAUGGAAAAGACGAUGGUUUGUGCUUGCUGAUUAUUGUUUGUUUUACUACAAAGACAGCAGAGAAGAAUCUGUUCUGGGUAGCAUACCAUUGCCUAGUUAUGUAAUAUCUCCAGUUGGACCUGAAGAUCGCAUAAAUCGCAAAUUUUCUUUUAAGGCUGUUCAUACAGGUAUGCGGGCAUAUAUUUAUAAUAAGAAUUCUGUUAUUGGCUCUCAGGCAGAGCAUUCAGGGAUGCGGACAUACUACUUCAGUGCAGAUACCCAAGAGGAUAUGAAUGGCUGGAUCCGGGCUAUGAAUCAAGCUGCUCUUAUGCAAACACGUUCUUCACUGAAGAGAGAAACUGAAAAAGUGGAUCAGCAAGCUGUUCCCCAAGUCAAUCAUGUAGAUGCCUGUAAAGAGUGUGUGAAGGCAGAGAUCACAGAUACGAAAGAAAGUUAUCAAAAAUCAGCUGAAAUGCUUGGAUAUGAUAAACGUGAAGAGAUAAGAAGAGAAAAAGAGGAGGAGGAGCGUUAUAUCCACAGAAAAGAAACUCUGGAAACUAAGAAGGGAAAGGCUAAGCAUGCGUUAACAGAAGCUGAUUCAUUAUUUCCAGACUUAACGAAUGCAUCAAGGUCCCAAGUAGCUCAGCCUCAGCCAGCUGAGAAAAAUGGAACGCUUCCUAGUUCAUUAAGUGUGAGUGCUGGCCUAGUGGAGCAGAAUGGUACCAGCUCAUAUAAAAGAGGGUUUGUUCCCAGAACAAAUCCAGAUAAACAAAUUCAAAGAAAAAGUAACAUGGCUCAAGUGGAGCACUGGGUAAAAGUCCAAAAAGGAGAUACAAAAAGCCUCACUUCUGAUCAGACUCUUACACGUCAGGGUCCCAAUCCACCUUUUCCUGAAAACUAUCACACUUUGCCAAAGAAUACCAGGCAGCCUUCAGGGAGCUCACCACCACCGCCAAACCGCAAUUUGCGGAGUGACUACAAAUAUGCACAAGAUCGUGUUAGCCACUUGAAGAUGUCCCAGGAGGAAAGGAAAGCAAAUAAGGAUGGAACUGUUUGGCAGCUAUAUGAGUGGCAGCAGAGACAGCAAUUUAAACAUGGCAGCCCCACUGCCCCACUUUAUGUAGGUUCUUCAGACUUUAUUGAUCGUGGUAAGUCAAAAAGUUCAUUAGAUGUUCCACGAUCAAUAUCUGUUCCGCCCUCUCCAUCUGAUAUUCCUCCACCUGGACCUCCAAAAAGCUUUCCCCCAAGGAGACCACAUACUCCUGCAGAAAGGCUUACAGUUAAACCAUCUGAUGAGAGACAGACUGUAGAUGUUCCUUUUGCUGGAUCACCCAGGAAGAUACGAAAUCAUGCUGUAAAGAGCUCAACUCACAUUGAUCGACGCUCUAUGCCUGCUAUGGGCUACAUGACACAAACUGUGAGCGCACCCAGUUUGCAUGGCAAGUCGGCGGAUGACACUUAUAUCCAGUUGAAAAAGGAUUUGGAGUAUUUGGAUCUAAAGGUGACAGGGCGUGACACGUUAAAAGAACGAAGUACAAAACCUGUCAAGAUUGCAGAAAGUGAUACUGAUGUGAAGCUAAGCAUUUUCUGUGAGCAGGACAGAAUUCUGCAGGACUUGGAGGACAAAAUAAGAGCCCUUAAGGAAAAUAAAGAUCAGCUGGAGUCUGUUUUGGAGGUUUUACACAGGCAGAUGGAACAGUACAAAGACCAACCACAACACACGGAAAACAUUUCUUACCAGCAGAGACUUUUGCAAGAGGAUCUCAUACGUAUUCGGGCUGAAAUAUCCAAAGUUUCAACGGAAAUGGAAAAUGCCUGGAAUGAGUAUCUGAAAUUAGAAAAGGAUGUGAGCCAGCUGAAAAAAGCCUUACAGGAACAGAUGAAUAGUUCAUUGGUAUCUCAGGAGAAAACACAAAUACAAAAAGACUUGUGGAGAAUUGAAGAUGUUACAGCUGGCUUGAGUGCAAAUAAAACAAACUACAAAACCAUAGUAGACUCUAUCAAGAAUCCAGAGAGAAAAAUAGUGCCUUCAUUUUCUCAGUCUUCAGUGCCUUCCUUACCAGCUUCCCUCACAACUGCGGAGAGCAAACUUUCAGUUCCGCAAAGCCCUCCACCCAGUCCAGUUAAAUCCUCUCUGGAGGUUAGGCUGUAUCCACAGCCUUAUUUCCAAGCCAGAACGCAGCACCAAGCACAGCAGCUGAAAAAAAUCGAGCCGCCUCUUCAGUCACCAAUUAAGCUCAAGCCAAAGGUUGAAGAUGAAGCGCCACCCAGACCUCCUCUCCCUCAGUUGUACAGUCCUGAUGAUCAACCACCAGCUGUUCCACCUCUCCCGAGAGAAGCCACUGUCAUCAGACACACAUCAGUGCGGGGCCUGAAGCGUCAGUCAGAUGAAAGAAAGAGAGACAGAGAACUUGGACAGUAUGUAAAUGGAGAUUAUAGGGUGGAACUGCGUUCAUACAUGAGUGAACCAGAACUAGCAACGAUAGGUGGUGACCUCAGCCAACCUUCCAGUGGUUUAGUAAGCUCUGACAGUGGAUACCAGACAUUACCUACCCGUGGUUUAUCUGGAUCAACUUCCAGAUUGCACCAACCAUCUACCAUUUCAUCAUAUGCAACACUUCGAAGGGAUAGGUCCAAGGAGAGACCAAAGAGUGCCUUGGAACGUUUAUACUCUGGAGACCACCAAAGAGGCAAGAUGAGUGCAGAGGAACAACUAGAAAGAAUGAAGCGACAUCAGAAGGCAUUAGUUCGUGAACGCAAGAGAACUCUUAGCCAAGGAGAAAGGCAGUCUGUUUCAUCUCGGUCUUUCAUCAGGCCCAUUUCUGCAGACAUAGGCUCAUGGAAACGAGAACAAGAAUUUGAUUUGCAGUUACUUGAGAGGGCAAUUCGUGGAGAAGACAAAGAUGAAAAUGAAUGGUUAAAAGUUCAGCCAGUAGCAGUGACAGAGACAGACCUGGAGCCUCAAGACUAUGAUUUAGAUAUCAGCAGAGAGUUGUCAAAACCUGAGAAGGUUGCAAUUCCAGAACGCUAUGUUGAACUGGAGCCAGAAGAGCCCCUUUCUACAGAAGAACUGGCAGCAAGGCAGCGUAAAGCAGAAAAGAUAAAGAAUAUUCUUACUAAAUCAAGUAUGCACAAUCUACAGCCUACUGUUGCCCAGGACAAACACAACUCGGUUGAUUUAGAUUCACAGCUGCAAGAGCAGGAGCGCAUCAUUACCAUAUCAUACGCUUUGGCUUCUGAAGCCUCUCAGAGGAGCAAGGAGGUAGCAGCCAAAGCAGUAAGUGAACACUGACAUAAGACUCAAAGCAAAUCCCACCUAGUGAUGCCAUGUGGAAGAAAGAGGAGAUUCAUUACCAGCUUUCUGUGAAGAUACUCAUCAGCUGAUGACAUGUUCUUCUGGAAAUACAUUCAGAGAAUAAUAGGGGGAUUUUCUGUGAAAAUGAAGAGAAUCGAAAAUGAUUUUAUUUUGACUUCAGUUUAGUUCAGACUUUUUAUAUGAAUAAACGGCACUUUUAAUAAACUCUGUAAAAGACUGACAAUAUAUUUUUAGGACAAUGUAUUUUAGAAUUUUUUUAAAUCAAGGGCUGAAUUCAUUUUAAGAGAAACUAAUUGCAUAGAUGUUAAAAGAUGCUCUUACUUCCCCCUCAGGCUCAGAUGCACAAUGUAAAGUUUCAUGGAAAAAAAUGUAAAUUUGAACAAACCUAGAAGCACAUUCAUAGGGUAUGGGUAGAGCUAACGCAAGUGAGAGAUUUGCCAAAAGGGUGUUUUGGAUUGAAUAUGUUUGUAGAGUUAAUCACCCACCCUUUUGCCCAUUAAAUAAUACAUUGCAAGGAACUUUUAGCUUGAAUUUCUAAAUAUCAGUAACCGCUGUAUCGCUGAAAUUUCCCACGAAAGCCAUAAUGAAAGCCAGUUUUAACUCCUGUUUCCUUUUUUGAUCCCAUAUGAUUAACUUGCUGGUAUCAAUACACAGUAUAUGCUAGGUUGCCCUUGACAGUAGUGCUGUCCCCUCAGUAACAGCUAACGAACUAUAUUUUUUUGAAAGUUGAAAUGUGGAAGAAGAAAAUUUUUAAUUAAAAUAUGUGAACUAAGCAAUAAAAAAGUAUAUUAGGAUAUGUAAUUUUACUAGUAACUAUGUAUUUUUCUUUUGAUUUCUUUUCAAUAAACAUUACAAUAUGAUGUAUUGACUAGUAUUUAUCCUGGAAACAGCAAAACUAAUGUAAUGUGGCACCUGCUAAUUUCGUAUACAUGUUCACCUGGUGCUUAACUUUGCCAAACUUUGAAAUUCAGUCUUUUACUUGUGUAUAGGGCAAAGGGUGAGGUAGUUACAUAAGGAGAAAAUAAAGUUGAAAGAAUUGCUGCAACUACUUUACUUGAAAAAAACCUGCGUACACACUGAAUGCAAGACAUGCAGAAACUUCACAUUAUGUAAUUAUUAGUUGAGUUUAGCUCUGGAUGAGAAAUGACUGAGAAAUACUUCUGCAGUAUUUUGUGAAACCACUAACUUGUUCAUUUGCUGUGUUCGAGUAAUAGCUACAAAACCCUUGAAAUUGACCUUCAAGUUUCAGACUUUAAGACAAAUCAUAUUAUAUUAACACGAUACUCAGAAAGAAAAGUAUAUAUUUAGCUAACGCAAUCUAUUUUACCUCAAUAUUGCCAGUAUCAACUUCAAAACCUUUUGCCAAAAUAAUGAUUUAUUUUUGCCUUUAUAAAAAGUUUUGAAAGCAUAAAUGAAUAUUUUGCAAGAAAACAUUAAUUUAAAUAAAAUGUAACUGUUUGGAAAAUGGUAUAUGUACAGAUUAAAAUAUUAAC